ACAAUGGCGAGCUAAAGUGUCAGAUUACGGAACAGCUAAAUUCAAGCAACAGACCAUGACUGUUGCUCCAGGGGCAGCAAUUUACAGUGCACCUGAAGCACAGGCUUCAAAUCAAACAGUCAAGGUUGAUGUCUACAGUUUCGGAGUACUUCUUUGUGAGAUGUGCAUCCGGGACUUACCAGAUCCUGAAAGGCGAGAACAACAAGUUGCAAUGGUGACAAACAGUGUCCUUCGAGCUCUUAUCCGAGGAUGUUUGGAAACAAACGCUGAGGCGAGACCAAGUAUGGAAGACAUAAUUGAUGAAAUUGAACAGGAAGGGCAAGAUACAACUCGAUAGAGUUUGUAUCAACUUCUAACAGAGUGUUAUUGCUUUGCUACUUGAGGAAUAUUUGCCUAUUGUAACUUACGCAAGAAUCUGAAUGAACAAGGAGAGAGAAAUAGUUGAUAUCAGAGGCGGAUCUAGACCUUGAGCUAAAAAGGGACGGGGAAGGGGCGUUUUUUUAUUUGUGUGUGUUCACCUGCCGGCUUAUCUUCCCUCAGCGUUUA